AUGACAAUUAACCCACCAGAACAGUCAAGUAAGUGAAAUUCAUUAAAUUUUUGCAAAAGCAAGUGAAUUUUGCAGGAAAUCCGCUCGAAGAGCUGCCACUAACCCCGCGCCCGGAGGGAAAAGUGCAAUUUUUGAGUCCCGACACGGUCAAAUACACUUCGCCGCCGAGAAUUGAGGUGCCAAGGCAGCCGAUCAGACCGGACAGACCAGUGUAAGCAGAGAAAAACCAGAUUAUCUGAAAAAUUUCAGAAAAAAUUGUGGUCCAACCCUCAUAAAUAUUGCAUAAGGCGUCCAAAAACUCGCAAAAUCAAAAAAAUUUCUUUGGAACUUUGAAAAAAGUCAGAAAUUCUUCAAAAAAAUUGCAGUGCUCCAGCGCCGACGUACUCCUCGCCACCAAUGGAAUCGGCGCCUCCGUCCUACUAUUCGACCGUCAAUUCGCCGCCUUUGCAAGCCUAUCCGCAGGCUCCGCUACCUUCUUCUUCGGCUUUCGCUCCUCAAAUGGUCCAAAUGGCACCGCCGUCGAUGGUCUACAUGCCACAGAUUCCGCAGAUGAUGUCGUCGCCGCUUCUGAUGCAGGCUCCGCCCACUUUGGUUAAUUUGGCCCACGUGGCCCCGCAGCAACAGACUUCUCCGAGUUAGUAACGCAGCGGAAAUGGGAUUCUGUUUGAAUUUGAAUAAUAAAUUGACAAAAUCUGUAAGUCAAUGUACCAAUUCAGAAGUUUUCCUGAAUUUUUGAGCCUUUCCUCGCUGUUCUCAAAAUUUUCCUCCCCAGCAUGGCGUAACAAUUGGUUACUGAAAAUUUUCACAAAAUUGACUGUCAAAUUAAAUUUUGAAACUGAUUUUUAUAUUAAAAAAAAAGUAUAUUUACAGCGAUCACUCUGAACAUCAAUCAAUCGCCGCAAAGUGUGACAAGCUUGGGAGGGUCCGGCGGCGGAGGGGCUCUUAUUUGUCCGAAAUGCCGCAAAGGAAUUAUAACGAGAAAACAGGACAGAUUCAGAAAGGUUUUCUAAAAAAACUCCUUUCAUUAUUGCGGUCUUUGCACCGUUGUCAACAAGCCUCGCGCAAAACUGAUAAAUCGGUAUUUCUUAAUUUCCAGCGUCUGCUGAUGUGCCUGGCGAUCGGCUGCUGCCCCGUGACGUGUUGUCUUCCGCUUCUGUGUCUCUUCCGGAAUUACGUGGACACUUGUGCGUGUUGCGGAAAAAAUUACGGUCAUCGCGGACGGAAGAACCACAAAAAGAAUGUGAACGCUGUCAAAUUGUAG